CAGCUGACGGGGGUAUAUGUCACGUUCACCUUUCCACCGGGCAUCAGUCAUCUGUAAAAAAAAGACACAGCUGACGGGGGUAUAUGUCACGUUCACCUUUUCACCGGGCAUCAGUCUUCUGUAAAAAAGACACAGGUAUGAUAACAUGUUCCUGAUACAUGCUACAGACGCUAAUAUAUAUAACACUCUAGGGCCAGAACUACUUAUCUCAGGAAUUAUGGAAAAAGGGGUGGAAAAAGGAACUUAAAAUAUAAUGUAUAUUUUUGUAAAAUAUUUUAUCUAAAUGUUUUAUAUAAUAUACAACAGUUAAUCAAGUAAUGGUAAUGUAGGCCUCUGUACACUCCUCUACACUCCUCUGUUACCCAUGUACACUCCUCUACACCCCUCUGUCACCCAUGUACACUCCUCUACACCCCUCUGUCACCCAUGUACACUCCUCUACACCCCUCUGUCACCCAUGUACACUCCUCUACACCCCUCUGUCACCCAUGUACACUCCUCUACACCCCUCUGUCACCCAUGUACACUCCUCUACACCCCUCUGUCACCCAUGUACACUCCUCUACACCCCUCUGUCACCAAUGUACACCACUCUGUCACCCCCUACGCCCCCUUUCACCCAUUUACACCCAUCUAUCACUCAUAUACACUCCUCUAAACCACUCUGCCACCCAUGUACACAUCUCUACACCCCCAACACCCCUCUGUCACCUACGUACACCCUUCUCUCACCCCGUACACCCCUCUUUCACCCCCUACGUCCCCCUGUCACCCAUGUACACUACUCUACGAUCCUCUGUCACCCAUGUACACUCCUCUACACCCCUCUGUCACCCAUGUACACUCCUCUACACCCCUCUGUCACCCAUGUACACCCCUCAACACCCAUCUGUUACCCAUUUACACUCCUCUAAGCUCCUCCGUCACCCAUGUACACUCCUCUACACCCUGCUAUCACCAAAGUACACAUCUACACCCUUCUGUUAUCCAUGUAUACUACUCUGCGCUCCUCUGUCACCCACGUACACUCCUCUACACCCCCAACACCUCUCCGUCACCAAUGUACACCACUCUGUCACCCCUACGCCCCCUUUCACCCAUUUACACCCAUUUAUCACUCAUAUACACUCCUCUAAACCACUCUGCCACCCAUGUACAAAUAUCUACACCCCCAACACCCUUCUGUCACCUACAUACACCCUUCUAUCACCCCUCUUUCACCCCCUACGUCCCCCUGUCACCCAUGUACACUACUCUAUGAUCCUCUGUCACCCAUGUACACUCCUCUACACCCCUCUGUCACCCAUGUACACUCCUCUACACCCCUCUGUCACCCAUGUACACUCCUCUACACUGCUCUGUCACCCAUGUACACCCCUCUACACCCAUUUGUAACCCAUUUACUUUCCUCUAAGCUCCUCCGUCACCCAUGUACACUCCUCUACACUCCUCUAUCACCAAUGUACACCCCUACUCCCUUCUGUUAUCCAUGUAUACUACUCUGCGCUCCUCUGUCACCCACGUACACUCCUCUACACCCCCAACACCUCUCUGUCUCCAAUGUACACCACUCUGUCACCCCCUAUGCCCCCUUACACCCAUUUACACCCAUCUAUCACUCAUAUACACUCCUAAACCACUCUGCCAACCAUGUACACAUCUCUACACCCCCAACACCCAUCUGUCACCUAUGUACACCCUUCUAUCAGCCCGUACACCCCUCUUUCACCCCCUAUGUCCCCCUGUCACCCAUGUACACUACUCUACGAUCCUCUGUCAACCAUGUACACUCCUCUACACCCCUCUGUCACCCAUGUAUACUCCUCUACACCCCUCUGUCACCCAUGUACACUCCUCUACACCGCUUUGUCACCCAUGUACACCCCUCUACACCCAUCUGUUACCCAUUUACACUCCUCUAAGCUCCUCAGUUACCCAUGUACACUCCUCUACACCCAUCUAUCACCCAUGUACAUUCCUCGACACUCCUGUUACCCAUGUUCACCUUUCUGCUACCUUUUUACUCAUCAACUUUGGAAUGUUCCUAAUCUCUGUACCUGAGAUAUGGUUGUGUUAUAUAUAAAGCUGUCCAUAGACGAUAUACUUAUUAAAAACACAUAUAUCUUCAUGUAUACGGGAAAGACUAUGACAUGUCUGCAGGUCUAGAUUUUACAUAUAGCCUGAUUGUUAUCA